AUGGCUGAAGCCGAGUUCCCUCCGCUUCCUUCCACUGCUACUUCCUCACCCACCCUUCCCUCAGUUUUACCCCUCUGGAAUAACCUCCUAACUACUACGCCCCAAAUUUCCACUAAUUAUUUCCACUCGCUCUCCUUCGUCCUUACCAAUAACUUCAAGGCCAACUUCACCACAGACCAAUUCAUGGCUGGAGCACCUGAAUGGGCCUUUUCACUAGUCGGUUUCUCCAUUGGGAAGCGGCCCUUCUACGAAGCACUCCUAUCGAUGAUCAAAAAGACUUGGCAACUCAAAGGAGAACUUUCCCUCCUCACCAUGGAUGACGGAUUCUUUUUGCUUAAGUUCACUGCCCUAGAAGACUACGAGCACGCUUGGACAAGAGGUCCUUGGUUUUUCUUUGGAAAGCCUUUCAUCCUACAAAAGUGGAGCUCAGACUUCGUUCCUAAGCAUGAGGAAUUCCCUUCAAUACCAUUAUGGGUUAAAAUCAUGAACUUGCCUCUAUCUCUUUGGACACCGGAAGGUAUAUCUAAACUUGCUAGUUGCAUUGGUAUUCCUUUUGCUGUGGAUGCUCUUACUAUGGCUAAAACCCGUCUCACCUUCGCACGUGAAUGUGUCCAAAUCACUAGCUCUUCCCCUCUGCCUGAAGAAAUCUUUUACUCUGUUGACGGCAAAGUCACUCCACUACAUGUACACUAUGAUUGGAAACCUAAACAUUGCUCACAAUGUGGUUCUAUCAUGCACCCGCCCACACUUUAUCUCAAAGACACUAUUUUGAAACCCACUACCAAUGUUAAUCCCAGGGGCCGAAGUUCCAGUCGUAAACCCAGACCCUCUGCCCCUCCAAGGUUCACAAUUCCCAAAUACCCUCUACCCUCUAAGGUGAACAACACGGUCACCUCUCUACCUCCUACAUAA